GUGCUCAACACGUUCACACAAAACAAAUGGCCAUGGGAAUGUUAUGUGUAAUUCUUAAUGUAUUUUGUCUUUACUGUGUUUUGUCUGAAGCCAUUCAGCUUUACUUUGGAAAAAGCAUCUUAUAUAGCAAUGUUUUACCAGACCAAGGCCUGAAUUCUACACAGGGACAGCUGUCCUCGAUCAACUGUGCCAAGUUGUGUGCAGAUCAGAAAUAUUGUCAAACAAUCUUCUACAAACCUAUGACAAACAUGUGUUCUCUAUACAAGUACCCACUGCUUAAAUACACACCAACAUCCUCUGAACCAGGAAUUGAAGUUUAUGAAUUGGAAGGUUGUCCUCAUCCGGAGUUUGAUGUCUCCAGAGAAAUAGGUAUGUGUCUGAAAGUAUACCAAACGACGAAUUUUACGUACUCGUACAUCACCUCUGUUUGUAACCAGGAGGGUGGAGAACUGAUAUCAUUGGACACUGACACUAAGAUUGAUUUCCUAUCAGCUUAUUUACUCAUGCACUUUGGAACUCCAGUCGGUAUCACUGUUGGACUAGACAAUUCUGCGGGCUGGAAAUGGACCAAUGGAGAGCCAUUAUCAAUCAGCCAUCCCAAUGUCGUCAACGGAAUUAACAAUUAUGAUAUGGCCAUGGACCCCUGUGAGAGCAACUACUGUGGAAUCUUAUCAGUUUAUUCCACAUCAGACAUGACACUGUAUGACAACUGUUGCAAUAAUUUAGCAUCCUUCUUUGUUUGUACUAUGCCUUACCAGCAGUAAGAACAUUUACCGGUGAUCUCAUCUAAUCGCCAUCUUUCUCAUCUGACCUAGUGUGUUAAACCUUUUAUUCUGAAAACAAAGGAUACGUCUAGUUAAAAACCCAA